AUGCAAUACGUCCCCUUCGCCUCAGACAUUGAGAUCCCCUUCUACGCCUCCCUGGCGUCGCACAAAAUCAACCAUGACAAACUCGACGAUUCGGCCCGAAAAUUGCUGGGUCUGUACGAGAUCCGGCCGGCAGACAACAAGGAACAUUCCUGCCGGAUGCAAGUCCACGCCAAUGCUCUAUCUAGCGACGAGGUGCCUGCCGGCUUCUAUCGCGCCGAGGGCAUCAUCAGAAACUUCAACACGGUCGAGGAAUAUCGCAACAUCGACAAGUUGGCCAUGAUUCAGCAAGCGGGGAAGACCAUCUGGGACGCGAUCAACGAUGGGACCAUCUAUUCAUGUCCGAGUCUGCUGGCUAGCUUUCUGGUGCUGAGCUUCGCCGAUCUGAAAAAGUACAAGUUCAACUAUUGGUUCGCGUUUCCUGCACUGGUCAUGGAUCCGCCCUGGGUGCCUGUGCGGAGUACAGGGAGUGUUGCGAGUCCAGAGACGGGAAUACCUUUCAAGAAGCUAACUUCCAUCGAGAGCACAACGCUGGUGGAUAACGUCAUGACGUGGAAAUAUGCCGUCGACUCCAGACAACAUGGAUUCUUCCUGGCGAAGAAACUACGUGACAAGCCUGUCCUCGAAAGAGAUCCCAACGACGAUGAUGAGGAUGCUGGUCCGACUUCGCCACGAACGCCGCUCACUCCGACCUCGAGCCUCGGCUACAACUGGCAGAUCAGCUCGCUAUCGAGCUACGAGACCGGUUUCUUCGACAAUACAGAUCCCGAAGACACUUACGUCUGCUUCGCCGACCCUUCAAACUAUAGCGAACCCGGCCCCGUCGCCCCGGGCUGGAUGCUCCGCAACUUACUUGUCCUGGUCCGACAAAGGUGGAAACUCGACAAAGUCCAGAUCCUCUGCUAUCGAGAGACGCAAAUGCGCCGGGAUGCAGCACGUAGCGUGAUUUUCAACAUGGAGGUCUCUUCAACGUCAAAAUCCGCGGGUGCCACAGCAGCGCAGCCCGACUAUUCACAAACCAUACCCAAAGUCGUCGGCUGGGAGCGCAACGCCGCCAAUAAACUCACCGGCCGCACCGCCGACCUGACCAGCUACAUGGACCCGACGAAACUGGCCGACUCGUCCGUCGACCUCAACCUGAAACUCAUGAAAUGGCGCAUCUCGCCUAAUCUCGACCUCGACAAAAUCAAACAAACGAAAUGUUUACUCCUCGGGGCAGGGACACUGGGCUCGUACGUGUCGAGAAAUCUGAUGGGCUGGGGGGUGAGACAUAUCACGUUCGUGGACAAUGGGAGCGUGAGCUUCAGUAACCCCGUCCGCCAGCCGCUGUUCACAUUCAACGACUGCCUCGAGGGAGGCAAGAAAAAGGCCCUUGCCGCAGCGGAGGCGUUGAAGACGAUAUACCCCGGCGUGCAAUCCACGGGACACGUCCUGAGCGUGCCCAUGGCAGGCCACCCAAUCACCGACUACGACAAGACAAAGUCCGAGUACGAACAACUAAAAAAACUGGUUGACGAACACGACGUGAUUUUCCUGCUCAUGGACACAAGGGAGUCGCGAUGGCUGCCCACCGUGAUGGGCAAAGCGGGCGGCAAGAUCGUCAUGAACGCGGCCCUGGGGUUCGACACGUACGUGGUCAUGAGGCAUGGCGUGAAACUGUCGGCGCCCAGCCACGACGUUGACCGUCUCAAGGAGGGCGAGAGUGAGACUGCCACGGAGGCAGGCGCGCAAGACUACCAAGCACAGCAGCACGGCCUCGAGGGCGAAGAGUUGGGGUGCUACUUUUGUAAUGAUGUCGUCGCGCCCGCCGACUCCAUGAAAGAUCUGACGCUCGAUCAGCAAUGCACCGUCACGAGGCCCGGCAUUGCGGCCAUAGCCUCUGCCUUGCUGGUCGAGCUGCUGAUCUCGAUCCUACAACACCCUUUGGGACCCGCCGCGCCGGCCACGACGUCGUCGCAAGAACGCGGUGAUCAUCCGCUCGGCAUCAUCCCGCACCAGAUCCGCGGGUUUCUCGCCAACUUUACAAACCUCAACAUCACGGGGCAGAGCUACGAUUGCUGUAGCGCGUGCUCGGACAGGAUCCUCGCCGCGUAUGAGCGGGAUGGGUGGGAGUUCGUGGCGAAGGCGAUGAACGAAAGGGGAUAUGUCGAGGAGAUCAGCGGACUUGCGGAGGUGCAGAGGCUGGCCGAGGAGGCCAUGAAACGGGACAUUGACUUUAGCGAGGGGGAGGAGGACGACGAGGAGGGGCCAGAGGAUGAGGAGGGAGAGUUGGUUUGA